AUGGGCGAGCAUAAUCUCCUGAAUCCCGGGUUUGUGGGGCCGUUGGUGAACAUCCACACGGGAGACACCUUCUACUUCCCCAACUUCCGCGCGUCCGGGGCGCAGCUGCCCGGGCUGCCUUCGCUGUCCUAUCCGCGCCGCGACAACGUGUGCUCGCUGCCGUGGCCGUCGGCGGAGCCGUGCAAUGGCUACCCGCAGCCCUAUCUCGGCAGCCCGGUGUCGCUCAACCCGCCCUUCGGCCGCACGUGCGAGCUGGCGCGCGUGGAGGACAGCAAGGGUUACUACCGUGAGCCGUGCGCCGAAGGCGGCGGCGGGGGCCUGAAGCGUGAGGAGCGCGGGCGCGAUCCCGGCCCGGGAGUCGGGCCCGGGGCAGCGCUGCUGCCGCUGGAGCCGUCGGGGCCGCCCGCGCUCGGUUUCAAGUACGACUACGCGGCGGGCGGCGGCGGUGGCGACGGGGGCGCGGGACCCCCGCACGACCCGCCCUCGUGCCAGUCGCUGGAAUCCGACUCCAGUUCGUCCCUGCUCAACGAGGGCAACAAGGGAGCCGGCGCGGGCGACCCCGGCAGCUUGGUAUCGCCUUUAAACCCCGGCGGCGGGCUCGCGGCCAGCGGCGCGCCCUGGUACCCGAUCCACAGCCGCUCACGGAAGAAGCGCAAGCCCUAUUCGAAGUUGCAGCUGGCGGAGCUGGAGGGCGAGUUUCUGGUGAACGAGUUCAUCACACGGCAGCGCCGGAGGGAACUCUCAGACCGCUUGAAUCUUAGUGACCAGCAGGUCAAGAUCUGGUUUCAGAACCGCAGAAUGAAAAAGAAAAGACUUCUGUUGAGGGAGCAAGCUCUCUCCUUCUUUUAGGGGAGCAAGAUGUGGGUGCCAGCCCCAGACUGAGCCUGUCCCUGGCAGAGAGCAAGAGGGGGCGCUGCCUGGGAUACAGUCCCCGCUUAGAACGCCAGGCAUCUCUGGCAGGUCCUUCCUGGACGUCCUCUUGUCUGUUUUGUUUGUGGUUCCCUCCCACACACCCUCAGCAGACCCUGCCAGGUCCCAGAGAGAAGGGCAGAACCCAGCCAGGGAGAAAGGAUGCCCACAGCGGCAGGCAGGGGGAGGGGCUGGGGAGGGGCUAGUUGGACGUGGGACUGGAGUGUCGGGCCUCCGCCUGAGGAUCUGGAGGAAAGGGGACCCAGACACCCCCCUUCCACCACUUUCCUUCCAUGGUCUUAAGUCUGUCUGCCUGUCGGAGUAGGCAAGGGUGAGGACAGUGGAAAUAAGGCUCCCCAAACUUGCAGCAGUUGAGGUUAGAAGAGGCUGAGAGGAGGGAGCCAGAGUGGAGGAUUGGUGGAGAGAGCAGAAGGGGUCAGGGUAGCUCUGGGAGGGCAGAAGGGAGUGGGGGACCUAGGGGGAAGUGUGGUUUGGGAGAACAGAGUGAACGCCAAUGCCCAAGUCCUCUAGGGUCUGGGUCCUCCAGGCCUGGACACAGAGCGGGCAGAGGCAUGGGCAUAGGCAUUGGCAGAGCCGGCUGUGGACAAGGCGAUCAUCAGCCAAUGUCCCCUCUAGGGCAGGCUACGCAAAAGGGUCUCCUGGUCCCCAGCCGUCUCCCCAGCACCCCCACACUGAGGCCAUUUGCUCACAGGUGUGCUGGCAGCCCCUCUUCCUGCUGCCAGGUAGCUCACGGACCGGAAGCCGCAAGUGGGGAAUGGAGCACUGAGUGGACGAUGCUCAGGUUCAGUAGCCACCCCAAGGACCCCACC